AUGUCUAUUAAUUCAUUGGACUGCACUUGUGCUCUCAACCGCGAAAUAUUUUCGGCGUCGGAUACUGCAAAAAAAGUUACGUGCAAUCGAACAAGAGCAACUGCGAUCGCCACCGGAGUGCUAAGCCCUUUGUCGGUUGAACAACUUAAGACUGAUUUACAAGAUGUACCAUUCAUAAGUGUGGCUACUGAUGCUAGUAAUCACGGAAGCACAAAAUUAUUCCCGCUGGUUAUACAAUAUUUUGAUGUAAAAAAAAAUGGAAUCACUACUAAGGUGCUUGUAAUUGAAAACACUAAAAACGAGACAUCUGACUCUAUUACUGAACUAAUAAUAAGACAGCUUCACCGGCAUGAUCUCUUGUCUAAAUGUAUUGCUUUUAGUGGAGAUAAUUGCAAUACAAACUUCGGUGGGAUAGAAACAUAUGGAACAAAUAAUGUUUUCCACAAGCUGAGGGAAAAUCUAAACCCAAACUUGGUUGGUGUGGGCUGCACUGGACAUGUCAUUAACAACGCAGUGCACCACGGAUGUGAUUUACUGGCGGUAGACAUAGAUUCCAUCAUCUUGAAAAUUUAUAAUUUUUUUUCCAUUUACACGGUACGAACCGAAGCUUUUAAAGAAUUCUGCGAAACGGCUGAGCUCGAAUAUAAACAGCUUCUGUAUCAUUCCAAAACGCGUUGGCCAAGCCUGUUUCCAGCUAUCGAGCGAAUUCUGAAGCUCUACCGUCCUUUACUUAAUUAUUUUGAAAGCAUAGAAAGACCACCUGUUUUAAUUAAACAGUUUUUCGAAAAUCCUCUCUCGGAAGCCUAUCUGUUCCUUAUACACUCAAUUACGCAUACCAUUCACACAAAAAUACAGACAUUAGAGAAAGGCGAUAAUUGA